UUUGUCUGUUUUCUCGUAACUUUUGAAAGAUAAAUUAAAGCAACAGUUAGGUGGAGCUAUUGAGGUUUUCUAAAGAAUUGAAUAACGAAGCAGAAGAAAUAAAACCAAUAGGCCUACUGGAAUUUAGUAAUAAUAUGGACUCUUGGUAAGCGUAAAAAGGCUUGUGGGUUGAAAGUUUUUGUACAUCAUUUGUUCUGGAAGUUUUAAAUUUAAUCACCUCGUGUCAGCAGAAAAAAACAACAAAUGUUUUACCAUAUUUCCCUCGAGCAUGAGAUUCUUCUUCAUCCUCGAUAUUUUGGCCCACAGCUUCUGGAAACUGUGAAGCAAAAAUUGUUUACUGAAGUAGAAGGCACAUGCAGUGGAAAGUAUGGUUUUGUAAUAGCAGUGACGACAAUUGAUAACAUUGGUGCAGGAUUGAUUCAACCAGCACGUGGUUUUGUUGUCUACCCAGUGAAAUACAAAGCCAUUGUAUUUAGGCCCUUUAAGGGUGAAGUGUUAGAUGCUGUUGUUACACAGGUAAACAAG